AUGUUGCCAUGGUAUCUGUCAUCCUUGGCAUCGGCUGUGUCAUGGGAUGAGGCGCUCUUGCCAUCGCCUUGUAUUCUGCGGACCGAGUGUCUGAGGCCGGGUUUGAGAGCUGCCAUCUGCCGCGCGGAGGCGAGGCUGCUGGCGCUGCUGGCAUUCCCUGCUCCCGGCGCUGCCUCCGCCGUCGGCUCUGCGCCCUCGGCUCUACGGACUCUGCUCUACGGACUCUGCUCUACGGACUCUGCUCUACGCCCUCGGCUCUACGGACUCUGCUCUACGGACUCUGCUCUACGCCCUCGGCUCUACGGACUCUGCUCUACGGACUCUGCUCUACGGACUCUGCUCUACGCCCUCUGCUCUACGCCCUCUGCUCUACGGACUCUGCUCUACGGACUCUGCUCUACGGACUCUGCUCUACGCCCUCUGCUCUACGCCCUCUGCUCUACGGACUCUGCUCUACGGACUCUGCUCUACGCCCUCUGCUCUACGGACUCUGCUCUACGGACUCUGCUCUACGGACUCUGCUCUACGCCCUCUGCUCUACGCCCUCUGCUCUACGCCCUCUGCUCUACGGACUCUGCUCUACGCCCUCUGCUCUACGGACUCUGUUCUACGGACUCUGCUCUACGGACUCUGCUCUACGGACUCUGCUCUACGGACUCUGCUCUACGGACUCUGCUCUACGGACUCUGCUCUACGGACUCUGCUCUACGGACUCUGCUCUACGGACUCUGCUCUACGGACUCUGCUCUAUGGCUAUAG